AUGGCAGCUUUUUUGGGCAAUCAUGCAGUUUUGGCGCUCAUUAAAAAUUAUGUCCCUCUGGAAGCUGUCACUUAUUACACAAAACCAAUGGGCCUUGAAAAGGAAGCAAAGCUGUCCAGUGAAGUUGCCAAUCCCCUUUAUGAUUUGAUCAUGCAGGUAAACCUUCAUCCUGUAAGGAUUGCCAUGUACCUUGAGAGGUCGGAAGUGAUUCGCAAGCAUAUCAGCAGUGCUUAUAAAGUUUUGGAUUUGAUGUGCGAGAAGGAGAGCAAGCGGGCAGAAGGAGUUAAUGAAGUAAGACAAUAUUUGAUGGGCUGUGUUCAGCGGACCCGGGUCUCAGAAAGUGUGUGUCACAAUUCUCUAAAUAAGUACAAGUGUGGCGUUGGGGCUCGCCGCAAGCAGCAACACCUCUCUUCACGCUGGAUUUUUGAAAAGUUUCAAAAAACAAAAAAGGGAAAAUAUUCCCAAAAGCCAAAUAUAACCCGCGGCUCGCUGAGUUUCCCUGCCCGUGAAUCCCUGCAUGGGGAGGACACCCCACACUGUGGUACGCUUGCACCCCCAAAAACCCUUACUUGA